AUGGACGAGCGGAUAACCGAUACACAGCCAUUAAAGGAGGCGAACAACGACAAGAUCCGGUCUUUAAGAGCUGCGAUCGAUGCCAAGCUGCACGAACAAGGCAUCUAUGAACAGAUCCGAGAUUUGGUCAACUCGAAGAUCAAAGUGACAUCAACGGAUGACGAUAAACAGCCUAACAGUGAAAAAGAUCCUGUCGAUGAAGACGCUUCUCGUUCAAGAGAAGAUCAAUUGAUCCAUGAUGUCUUAGAGAGUGAAGUCGUGCAACAGCUUUUGGCUACAGUUCGGUCGAUGGAGUUGACUCCACCUGAAAAAUCGACCAACCACGAAGAUACCAAUGACGAUAUUGUAGAAUUAGAGAACGAACGAGAGGUGUUCCUGUACUUGCGCUUAUCUGGCGGGAAGGCGUUUGUCGAUCAACUAGUGGAACUCGAACAGGAUAACAAGAGCGCUGACCAGGAAGACGUCGGUCUGGAUGAAAAAAGGUGUCCCGUUGGAAGCGUAUUGACAUUUUUUCGCGUAAAUGUUUCGUUUCAAAGGCAACGUCAAGCCUCGCGAGACAUUCGAUGUUGUGUUGAUCCGCCGUUUGAUGAACAUUUUCGCUUUCGCGUGGAGAAGAAGAGAACUCGAACUGCUAGAACUCGAGGUGGGGCCAGUUACGCUGUCGACGUGCUGUCACCCUGGGAAGCUCUAUGUCUGGUAGAGGAACCUGUCCAGUUAACGUUGGUUAAAGUCACCAAGAAGCUACUGAGUAGAGAUAGCAACGGUAGUGCUCAGUGGCGUGAACUCUCUUGCGAGUUGUUGGCAGUUCAUCGACUUGAUUGGAGACGAGUAUUGUGUUCUACGCUCCAACUUGUACACUUUCCCAUUCAACUUACUGGCCGGAUGAAAGAACCUGUGGGGAGUUUAGAUAUUCGCGCUGAUCUGCUGAAUUGUAAGCGGACUACAAGUAUCGCUCACGAGGCUCGGACAUUCCUAAAUAAGGAGUCAAUCCAGCGGAAUGCGAGCAAUCACUCCUUCUACAAGUACGCCAAGCAGUGGUGGGAUGAGUACCGAAGCGAAACUCGCCAGGAUAAAAGACAAUCUUCAAAGCAUUCGAAUGGAGAGGAUGAAUAUUCGCAGUUAUUAGCACAGAUUGGAUCACGACAACGUCUUGUUAAGAUGUUUGCUGAGGACGAAGAAGGUCGAUAUCGCAUGAUUUGCAAAUUUGUAACACCGCUACGUGCUCCUAUGGCUGUAAGAAGCCCAAGUGAAGCCGCUCGCUUCGUUGGUUUGCUGCCAUAUGAGUCAAAUUCACUUGUUGGAGGUGGAAGUGAUGAAACCUGGCGAUCCAUUGCCACGGUACUAUCUGUUCGAAAAGGCGAUGCUCAAGACCACGCUAUUUUACUUGCGUCGCUGUUGUUGGGCUGCGGUCUCGACGCUUACGUCUGCAUCGGCACGAUAUCUGCAAGUAAAAGUGCAUCUCGCUUCGCUCGGGGAUCUCAGCGCAGCUAUGAAGACCGAAGAAACGCUCGUUCAGCGGAGAUUGGCCAUGUUUGGGUUCUCACGCGUGGUAGCAGUUCUACUGAUGUGCUUCUGUGGGAGGCCGUAACAGGCGAGAAGUUCGCCGUGAACGACCCCCAAGCGCCUAGACGACGUGGUUAUUGCGCUAUUGAUUGUGUGUUCAAUCAUCGUCGAUUUUUCGCUAACCUACAGCCGCGAACGUGGAAACUUGCUGAAUCUUCCUUCGACUUCGACGACGAGACUUGUUGGAAGAGAAUGGAUGAGAAUCUCAUCGCAGAUCUUCCGUUUGGACAACCAUCGACCGCAUUACUACCACCCGAUGUGACUUCAGCCUGCACACUCGAGCAAGAAUGGACAGCAAUUUUGAAGCGAGCGAUUUCUUCUCGUCGAAGGGCGGAAGGUCUCGUGACGCGCUGGAGCGAAGAAUUGAGCUUUUAUUUGCUGCCAGCACUCAAUUCAUACGAACUGGAGCGCCUGUAUGGCGUGACUCAAGUCGACAACAAUUUCUUCCAACAAAGUGUCACAAAUUUCGUCCAGGAAGGUCAUACAUUUCAAGGUGUGCCUUCCAUGUUCACAGUCGAGUCUCCGGACGAAGCUCUCACUGUUAUGACGUCUAACCCGCUCGUCAACGACAUCUUGACUCUCCAUGCUCGCUCAGCACAAUUCGCUCUUGCAGUGCGGUGCUUCCCGUAUGCAGAACACACAGUCGCCACUUGGGUUAUGCUGGCUGUGAGUUAUCCAAGUACAAAUUAAUUUCUUUUUAAGAUUUGUUUUAAACGUACAAGCAAAGUUUAUGUUUAGAUAAGAAAGAAGAAAUAUAAAGGCGUUCUACGCUCUUUAAGCAGCA